AUGAAAGUCAAGUAUCAGGGAAGUGCUAGAGUGAAACGCGCACAACUGCAACGGCUUCGAAGAACGUUCGAAACCCUUGAAAUGAAAUUGGGGGAAGGUGUGUCUGAGUACUUCCCAAGAGUCAUGUCUACUGCCAACGACAUGAGGAACUGUGGAGAAGACAUGAACGAUGUCAAAAUUGUCGAAAAAAUACUUCGGAGUCUCACAGACAACUUCAACUUUGUGGUAUGUUCCAUCGAAGAGUCCAAGGACAUUGAUGAUCUCACAGCAGAUGAAUUGCAAGCAUCUUUGCUUGUACAUGAAUAA